AAAUUAAAGCUCUUUCUAUUCUCUGUAAAGAUCUUUCUCCUUCAAGUUCAAGCUAUAUAACGACUCAUUUCAUUAUUCAAACUUAUUGAUUUAUUAUAUUUAAUUUGCAUCUUCGAUUAUCUCUCUCUCUUUUUUUAGUUGGCUCUUGGAAGUUAAAAAAGAAACAGUUGGGUUAUUGUUUGGCUAGACAGAAAACCCGAGAAAAGAGUCAUCCAACUAAAGCGACGGUCACCGCGAGUGAUAAAGAGAAAAAAUUUCUCCGAAAAUUAUUACAACAUAAUCCUCACAAGAAGAAACAAAGAAAACUUACCUUAUUUUCCAAAAUUCACUUUUGUUAGGAGAUGUAUUUUUAGAUAUACUCAUAAUUAGCCAUUACAUUAUUUCUAAAAAAAAACAAAGAAAACAGAGUAACUGGUAGAGUUUCUUUCUUUCCUUGUUCAUUUUGGAGAGCUUCUUCCGUAGCUCCCAUGGUCUUUCUUCUUCGGGUUCGCAGCUGAUGUCUUCCUUCUUCUCCAGUGGAAGAAGAUCUGAAGAGACAUUUUUCUACGACGCUUUCUCUGAUCUCUGUUUUUCUGGGAUUUUCCCGUGACCCCAAACGACGUCGUUCAUAUCCUUUUGUUCUCUUUUUUAAUCCAUGGACGACAAUGGGAGCACCAAGUUGACCGGCAUACGACAGAUCGUUCGGCUCAAGGAAAUCCUCCAGAAAUGGCAAUCGGUGACACUUAACGUCCAAAAUUCAAAACCAAACGAAGAACCCGAACCCGACGUCGAAGAAAAUUCCAAUGCCGGAGGAAUAUCUCCGGCGAUCAAAAAGAGGCUGACGGAGGUGAUGUGCUGCGAUUCCGACGAGGAGAGCUGUCAAAGCCCGGAGCCACCGCCGGAUGUGCCGAAAGGGUACUUAGCGGUAUAUGUGGGGCCGGAGCUUCGGAGGUUCAUAAUUCCCACCAGUUAUCUUAGUCAUUCUUUGUUCAAAGUGUUGUUGGAAAAGGCUGAGGAGGAGUUUGGGUUCGACCAUUGCGGUGGUCUCACUAUUCCUUGUGAGAUUGAGACCUUUAAGUAUCUCCUUAAGUGCAUGGAAAAUCAUCACAAGUCUUGUCCCGACAAUACCUCCUCAGCUGGAAGCUCAUUCAUUGGAGAGUAAAUAUUGUUGUGAUAUUCCGAUCCUUGUAGCGAUAAUCAUCCAGGUUUUUGGGGCUGAUUUUCUGGUGUAACACAUGGUUUACAAUGUAUGCAAAUGCAAAUAUAAUUUCCAUCUUUCAUUUUUGUUGUGUUCCUCUACAUAAUAAUAAUGUGUGCAUGAGGAAUAUAAUAUAUAUACACAUUAGGACUACAUGCAACUUGCAAAGUUUGAUGAGUAGAGUUGAGUGGUGACGACAUGCGUUUUGAUGAUGAUCACCUGUCUAUUAUUUGAUCUAAAGGGGUGUAACCUAUGUCUCAUGUUUGAGUGUCUGAUGGAAAUUGUAAUAUGAAACAUACA